AUGACGGUAGUGAAGUCCAACGGUACGAUAGAUGAAUCGACCAGAACGACCGAGAAAAUCGUCGAGAAGAAGAAUGCGACCGUAAUGAGAGACGAAUUAGCAGAAGAAGAAGAUGAGAUCACUCUGGAGGACUUGGCGCCGGACGGUGGUUGGGGAUGGAUGAUCGCACUGGCGAUGAUAUUGAUUAUUGUUACGACGAUCGGCCCAUCGUCGUCGUUCGGAAUAAUCUUCGGGGACUUCCUCGAAGCGUCCGGGAAAGCGGGCAUGGCGUCGAGCCUCUUCAAUUCGGUUUUCAUGAUUACAUUUUCCAUUUCCAGUAUGAUGACCAACAUGUUGCUGAAGAGAUACUGCGUGAGACGCGUCGGAAUUAUGGGAGCGCUUUUCUACGCGCUACCGAACAUCGUCCUGUCAUUUGUCCGGAAUAUAUAUGAUAUGGCUUUCGUUUUCUUUUUGCAAGGUUUCGGACUAGGUCUGAUCAUUACGAUCUGCAACACGGUCUUUAACGCGUACUUCGUGAAGAAAAGAGCGAAAGUGCUGAGCGCGGCGCAAGUCAUUAUCGCGUUAGGCGGCAUUGUUUAUCCUAUAUUGAUCGAGAAGAUGAUGACAUCGUACGGUUUUCGCGGUACCGCUGCGAUCAUGGGAGCGCUGAGUUUGAACAGUGUUAUCGGUAUGACGCUGAUGCAUCCCGUGGAAUGGCACACCAAGAAGCCGGAGGACGUCCUCGCCGAGAGAGCGCGCGCUAGAGAGGAGAAGCGUCGGGAGCGUUGCCUGGCAUUGCCAAAUCGUCGAUCGACCAUCGACGUGAUCCACGUGUCUUCCAAGGCGAAGUGGUGCAGUUUGCGUAGCUUGAAGGAGGAGAGUGACAAAGAGAUGUCGUUGCUGGUCAAGAAGACUGCUGCGCAUAGGGUCGCGUCGAAUUCAGCAAUUGAGGGCGGUAUCCACGGCAGGGCGAGAUCAGGGUCUAUACGAAGAAAUUCGAAGAAAGGUAUAUCGACCCUUUCGGCGUCCAGCUUAGUUAAUUUAGCCAGCAGUGCCAGCGCGUUGAGCGAUAUACGGCAACGUAACCUGGAGAAGAAAAACAGACGCAAACAGUCGGAUGCGGAUGUUCAAAAGAGGGUGGGAGCUGAGAAAAGAGAUGAGUUCGAGGAGGGGCAGAAGGACGGGAAGGUGACAGAAUGCAAGGUGAUUUUGCGAGAAAUUGUGGAUAUGUCGCUGAUCAAAAACUACUGCUUCAUAAAUUUAUGUUUCGGAGUCAGCUUCGUAUGCACCGCUGACUAUGCCUUCUCAUCUCUACUUCCUCUCAUGAUGACCGAUACGGGAUAUACUAAGGCUGAUGGAGCGUUGACCGUCACUAUAAGCGGGAUAACCGAAUUAGUGUCGAAAGUCUUAUUGGCCGUCUUUACAAUGGUAGUGAACGUACAGCCAAAAUACUUGUUUUUCGCGGCCAUGAUCUUCAUGGAAUUCGCGAGAAUCGGUUUUCUGAUGUCUGAGCACACAUUGGUGGGUGCAUUAAUUAUGACCGGGAUAAUCGGACUGGUGCGACCGUGGCUGCUAGUCCCGCAACCUCUGGUCAUCAUCGAGGACAUUAGCAUAGAGAAGUUCGCAUCGGCUUACGGCAUCAAUGCCGUUAUUAGCGGUUUGGUAACGAUUUUGUUCGGUGCUAUCGUAGGAUUCAUCAAAGACUGGACUAACAGCUACAAAAUGUAUCAAGUCUCUCUGUUGGUAAUGAACGGCGUUUUCAUUGUACCAUGGGCUUUACAAUUCGUGCUUGUGGAUUUUAAGAAACGGCGGAAGCAGCGUGCAAUGACGAAGAAAUCGUUAUUCCCUGUUGAACGAUAAAAAGGAAGGAAAAGUAUGAAAAGUUUUGUAUUCGGA